UUGAUCUGUUCCUAGUUUCCUACCUAUGUUCUGAUGUCCGUGUUCCUGUCCCUAUUUACUUUCCUUGCAUGUGCCUUAAACCUUUUGAACUCAAAACGCUCCGAAAAGCAAAAGAAACCAUCUAAGAAGCAACACACAACAAAAAACCAAAGCAUCUCCCUCUCCCCUAAGCAAUUCUUAACAAACCCUAAAAAAAAACCCAAAACCUUCAACUUCAGCUUCAUCUGCAUUCAUUCCCCAUGGACGAAUCAGAAGAAUACCCAAAGGAUUAUUACCCCAACAGCAACAACAAUAGCCAAAGAAGGUUACCUUCUUCCUCCAUCACCACAACCACGAGCGUGCACGUCACCGCUCUCGACGGCCUCGUGAACGUGAACUCGUUAUUCACCAUCGCCGUGUUCGUCGGGCUGUCAUUGACGACGCCGGGUCAGCGCAGCCUCGAGAACCGAACAUCCUGCGACGCCGGCGUGGACAUCGCGAAGAAGCUCCUCGUAUUCGAGGUUGUUUCCUUCAGCUUCUUCCUCUUCUCUUCGUUGGUGGCGCAAGGGUUGAAGCUCGCGCUCAAUUUGCUUAACAGCAAGGACGUGGAUGAGGCUUUCAGGGCACACAUCAAUAUCAAGGCUCUUAGGUUUGGAAUGUUGGGAUCCGCAAUUGGAUCUGUCAUGGGUUGCGUUUUCUUGAUGCUUUCUAUGGUUAAUGUUAUUGAGAUUCGCUUGGGGAUGUUGUCUUGUGGUAGUAAAUCUGCUACUCAUGCUGUUGCCGCCAUGGUUGUGUUGGUUACUUCUGCUCUUUUGGUUUAUAUUUCUACUGCGAUCUAUGCUUUUACCCGUUGAAAUAAAUAAAAAAAUUACCCAGGAAUGUUUUAUUUAGUUUUGCAAGUUUGUGUUUCA